UGGCGGGCUGGUGCGCAGGCGGGGAAGCUGCGCGCCGCGGUCGGAAGGGAGGGGAGCGGAGGAAGGGAAGGGACGGGAAGGGGUGGCCGCGCCGGGCACAGCAUGGCUGCCAAGGUAGCUCUAACCAAGAGAGCUGAUCCAGCUGAGUUGAAAACAAUAUUUUUGAAGUAUGCAAGUGUGGAGAAGAAUGGAGAAUUCUUCAUGUCUCCUCAUGACUUUGUCACACGAUACCUGAAGAUAAUUGGAGAUGGUUUGCCUAAUGCAAGCACUGUACAGCUCCUUGCAGGUGUGGUGGAUCAGACAAAAGAUGGGUUGAUAUCCUUUCAAGAGUUUGUGGCAUUUGAAUCAGUCCUGUGUGCUCCAGAUGCAUUGUUCAUAGUAGCCUUUCAGCUGUUUGACAAGACUGGAAAAGGAGAAGUUACUUUUGAGGAUGCUAAGCAAGUUUUUGGCCAGACCACAAUUCAUCAGCACAUUCCGUUUAACUGGAAUUCAGAGUUCAUACAGCUGCAUUUUGGAAAGGAUAGAAAAAGACACCUAACAUAUGCGGAGUUCACUCAGUUUUUACUGGAGAUACAGUUAGAACAUGCAAAACAAGCUUUUGUACAGAGAGACAAUGCUCAGUCCGGAAGAGUCACAGCUAUGGACUUCAGGGACAUUAUGGUCACUAUCCGGCCGCACAUGCUGACGCCAUUUGUGGAAGAAUGUCUAGUGGCUGCUGCUGGAGGUACCACUUCCCAUCAGGUCAGCUUUUCCUAUUUUAAUGGAUUUAAUUCUCUCCUUAACAACAUGGAGCUCAUUAGAAAGAUCUACAGUACUCUGGCUGGAAAUAGAAAAGAUGUGGAAGUCACUAAGGAGGAGUUUGUUCUGGCAGCUCAGAAAUUUGGUCAGGUUACACCCAUGGAAGUUGACAUCUUGUUUCAGUUAGCAGAUCUUUAUGAGCCACGGGGGCGCAUGACGUUAGCUGAUAUUGAAAGAAUUGCUCCUCUGGAGGAAGGGACAUUGCCCUACAACCUGGCAGAGGCUCAGAGGCAGAAAGCUUCAGGCGAUGCGUCUCGACCUGUUCUCAUCCAGAUUGCAGAAUCAGCGUACAGGUUUGCCCUUGGUUCAGUUGCUGGAGCUGUUGGAGCCACUGCAGUCUACCCAAUUGAUUUGGUAAAAACUCGAAUGCAAAACCAGCGUUCUACAGGCUCUUUUGUGGGUGAACUUAUGUAUAAAAACAGCUUUGAUUGCUUCAAGAAAGUGCUACGUUAUGAAGGUUUCUUUGGGCUUUAUAGAGGUCUGUUACCACAGCUAUUAGGAGUAGCACCAGAGAAGGCCAUAAAACUUACUGUUAAUGAUUUUGUGAGAGAUAAGUUUAUGAGUAAAGAUGGCUCUGUCCCACUGGCUGCAGAAAUUCUUGCUGGUGGCUGUGCUGGAGGUUCUCAAGUGAUCUUUACCAAUCCACUGGAAAUUGUCAAGAUUCGAUUGCAGGUGGCUGGAGAAAUUACUACUGGUCCACGAGUUAGUGCCCUCAGUGUAUUAAGGGACUUAGGUUUCUUUGGUCUCUACAAGGGUGCUAAGGCAUGUUUUUUGCGUGAUAUCCCCUUCUCUGCUAUUUACUUCCCUUGUUAUGCUCAUUUGAAAGCUUCAUUUGCAAAUGAAGAUGGGAGGGUUAGCCCUGGAAAUCUUCUCUUGGCUGGAUCAAUAGCUGGUAUGCCUGCAGCCUCUUUGGUCACCCCUGCAGAUGUGAUCAAAACAAGGCUACAGGUGGCAGCCCGGGCAGGACAGACCACCUACAGCGGCGUCGUAGACUGCUUUGCCAAGAUCCUGCGAGAGGAAGGUCCAAAGGCUCUGUGGAAAGGAGCAGGAGCUCGUGUAUUUCGAUCUUCUCCUCAGUUUGGUGUAACACUGGUGACUUACGAGCUACUGCAGAGAUGGUUGUAUGUGGACUUUGGAGGAGUAAAACCAGCUGGAUCAGAUACAGUUCCUAAAUCUAGGAUCACGCUCCCUGCUCCUAACCCUGACCAUGUUGGCGGUUAUAAAUUGGCAGUUGCCACUUUUGCAGGGAUUGAAAACAAGUUUGGACUUUACCUACCUCGGUUUAAGCCAUCACCACCUACCUCAAAGGCUGCUGCAGCAGUAGGACCCUAAGUUUAUUGCUGUAGGGUUUUUGUUAUUAGUUGGGAAAGAGCCACUUUUCUAAUUGGUUAAUACUUUGUUCCUUUAGCUUCUCAUCAUAUAAAAGUUUAGCUUCAUUUGAGUUUUAAGGUAAUUUUCAUCUUAAACGUAAUCAUUUGUCUUUGUGCUUCCGUAACCAGAUCACUGUGAAAUUCUUACCAGUUGUUUUAAGUUUGGGACCAUGAAUGUAUUUGUCCACAUCUGACAUGUGCUUGUGUUGGGAAGACACUAAUUUUAGGUUCCGUUUAUUAGGGAGGGCUGGGUGAGAGCUGUGAACCAGAUCAUUUUACAGGCAAUGCGCAGUUGCAGAUUACUAGGGCAGAUGUCGCACAUUGUCACUCGAAUGGAAAAACUCAGUGGAUAUCACGGUGCUCAAAGCAGAAUGAUUUUGACUGUAUGUGUAAAUUGGUUAUAAACUUGGUGCGUGUCUGUAGAGGUCAGCAAAUAUAUACCCGGUACCUAAGUAUGCCAGUACAGCUUCAACUUUUUAAAUCUGUACACGCACAACUUCUGUUUCUGGAUUGUAUUAUGAAGCUUUUAUGUGGAACAUGUUUUUGUAAUGAGAACCACAUUUAUAAAUGUUUAGCCGUUGUAUUAUGUUACUGGUAUCAAAAUGCUCAAAAGAAAGUGUUAUUGUCCAUAGUCUUUGCACUUUAUGGCAGAACUUUUGGCAUUCUACUACACAUACAAGGAAAUUUCAUAACUAGGUGCCUAUCUUGGGUUGCUGGUGUUUGGAAUUCAGUUUGUAUAUGCACUUCUAUAGUAAAACGCUGCUUGUUUAAAUAACUGCAAUAGAAAAGUCAUGCACAGUAUCAAUGGUACCUGCCUUAACUGCUGGCUUGUAAUUGGCAAAUAGGUGGUUUCAGAUUCUUAUUUACUUCAUCAAGUCAAAAGAGAUUAAAAUAAUCUAAAAUAAAAGAUUUUACCUAAUUUUUGGUGCCUUGCACAGUGUUUGGAAAAUUCUGUAUUUAUGAAGAUAGAAAUAAACCUUUCAAACAGAUGCA